GGAAGUGCUUUUUUUGUUGUUGGUAGGGAGGGGCCUAUUUUAGUUGCCUAAGUAUAGACUUAGCGCUAUGCUCAGAACUACUAUACAUUAAUCAUAAUGUAGCCGUUGUUAUACAUAUAAAAAGGAUUAGCAAAGUUUAUUCUAUUCAAGGGAACACAGCAAGGGAAGGAACAUUGAAGCGGAACAAGUGUUGAUGUUCAGGUUAUGUUGGAGAACAGACUUCCAUAAACUUACCACUCUUUGGACAGCAGUCAUAGAUGUGUGUUAUAUAUUUUGAUUUAAACCUUCAUCAGCCUCAGGACCAAAACCAGCUGCAAGGAAAAAUAAAACCAGCGUAUAACAGCUCCACUGUUGUUUAUAUCUCCUCGUUCUAACCAGUAAAUCAUUCAGUAAGACAUAAACAAACUGCCACAUGCAACAAUGUCCAUGGCCCUGAAGCAAGUCUUCAACAAGGACAGGACAUUCCGGCCGAAACGUAAGUUUGAGCCUGGGACACAGCGCUUUGAGCUGCACAAGAAGGCUCAGGCAUCUCUGAAUGCAGGCCUGGACCUGAAGCAGGCGGUGGCGCUGCCCCAUGGAGAGGACCUUAAUGACUGGGUGGCUGUGCACGUGGUGGACUUCUUCAACCGCAUCAACCUCAUCUACGGCACCAUCAGUGACUCCUGCACAGACCAGACCUGCCCUGUCAUGUCGGGGGGGCCCAAGUACGAGUACCGCUGGCAGGACGAGCACAAGUACAAGAAGCCCACAGCCGUGCCGGCCCCAAAAUACAUGAGCCUGCUGAUGGACUGGAUCGAGGUACAGAUCAACAACGAGCACAUCUUCCCCACCAACGUCGGUACUCCCUUCCCAAAGACCUUCAUGCAGGUAGCUAAGAAGAUUUUGUCUCGCCUGUUCCGUGUGUUCGUCCACGUCUACAUCCACCACUUUGAUCGUGUGAACCAGAUGGGUGCAGAGGCCCAUGUCAACACCUGUUACAAGCACUUCUAUUACUUUGUAACUGAGUUUAACCUUACAGACUACAAGGAGCUCGAGCCACUGAAAGAGAUGACAUCACGGAUGUGCCACUAAGGGAGCGCCACUGACCACUUGACAAAUUCCCCCUUGAAGACUAGUUCCGUCCAUAUAGAAGACAGAAACAGGAAACCAAAUCUAAAAGAGUCUUUAUUUUUAUAAACAAGUACUGUUAUCUAUUUUAACCAUGUAGGUUUGUUUAACCAGGAACUUUGUUGUUUUUUUAAUUUGAAGCUGAAUCAUUCCUGUAAUUUAGUUGUUCUCUUAUCUAAAAUGAAUAUAUGUAUGUUUGUACAUAUCUAAGAUUGUAGUAUGUGGAGACAUUAAAUGUACUCAUUGUGUUCCUACUCUAAA